AUGCUACCAUCAGCUCAAACAGAUUUACGAACAGUCGAAGGUGCCAAACGUCGUCGGGCUAAUACCAAGAAAUUGAGGGAUGAAAACGAGAAACUGUUAAAGGAGGUGAAAAAAUUGAAAAAUGAAAAUGCGGAAAUGAAAAAAAUACUAUCAGAACAGCAUCUAGGAAUUACAAACACUGUUGAUACUACACCAGCUCUAUCACCAACGAAAUUGUUUAUUGGUACUGUUAGUCCGGCAGCGAAGAGGCGUGCGAAGCGGCGAUUGCUUGAUGAAAAAGAAAAUCUACCGCGUGGUUCAGUUUCGAAAUUGAAAAAUCUAGGUAUAAACUUAUCUAACAAUUACAUUUCAUCAUCUAGCACACCAUCAACCUUACAGAAGGAGAUAGAAGAGUUUUUAUGUCAAGACAACAUCAGCAAACAGGCACCAGACAAAAAAAAACAGCUUCAUGGAAAACAAAUACGAUACCUGUUAAACCAUUUAUCAACUCUUCAUCAACAAUUCGUAAUCGAAACUGGAAUUACAUGCCAUCAUUCCACAUUCACGCGUUAUGUUCCUGAGUAUAUGAUGAAGCCGAUGGCAAGUGAUUGGGGCACAUGUUUAUGCGUUAUUUGUCUUAAUCCACAGAUGAAAUUUGAAAAACUAGUAAAUUUGAAGUNAAUGAAGAUCAGUCUCUGGGGACCCUUUCAAAGGUUAUACUUCUGUCUUUUUUUUUGCAUAAAACGCACAUAA